AUGUCAGCCCUCCUCUCCGCCCUGAAGACGAAACUCGGAGAGUAUAUGCUCUCCCUUCCGGAUGGUGCCGCCGAAUACGAGGACUACGAGGCCUGGGCGAGAGGUUUCGCCAAGCGAGUGGCUGUUUUAGAUCGCUCAGCGCGUGGGCAAGACCUUCCCGAACUCGCCGACUGGAUCACCGAGGCCGAGCAUGGCCUCGACCACAUGGCCACCGAUGACUGGCUGGCCUGGGGAACGCGUAUCCUACCGCAACGGGCGGCGCACUUUGCGACGCAGCAACAGCGACAAGCGGCCGAAGCACAGGCCCUGGAGGAGGAAUCGGCACGGGUCGCCAUUGCCGAACGCGAGGCUGAGGAGGCUGAGGCAGCGCGGGCUGCUGCUGCCUUGCGUAUCGCCGAAGAUGAUCGUCAGCGGCGCCGGGAGGCCUUGGUGGAGGCCAUGUUCGAUGGAUCGAUGGAUCCGGAAGAAGGGGACCGUCAAAUGGCCGCCCUAGAAGCAGAGUCCGUCCUACCCUUCCCCCUUUUUCUUCGCUCUCCCUCUCCUUCCGCUCCCGUCGUGUCCUCUUCCCAUCCCGCUCCUUCCGUCGCCGACUCGCUUUCUCGUCCCGGGUCUCCAAUCGCCGAUCCUGAACUCGCCUCCGCGACCGCCGCUAUGAACCGAAUGAGCGUGGAUCUGGUCGCGUCCACCGCCCCGACCGAUGCGAAGGGCAAGAAAUCGGCCGCUGCUGUUAUCGUCGAGUUCGCGCGCCAACAGACGCCGACUGCUGGGCGGGUUGUGCUUCCUCUAGGUCCUGGCACAGGCCGAAUGUCGACGGUUCGUCCCCCGGUGGAACGGAACGGCGCUGGUAAGGUUCUUGAGGAUCCUCCUGGACUACUUCCUGGUGAUGUCUUGGCUGACUAUGCCUGUCAUCGCUGCGCCGACAACUUCACCACCAGGGCGUUCCGUUGCUACCUGAGGCCCGGCCAAGUAUCGUGUAUCAAAUGCGCCGGGGAGCGGAAGGGUUGCAGUUUCCAGCCUGGGUGGACAUCAAAAGACAAGGGAAAGGGGGCGUCGAAGGGGAAGGGGAAGUCUACCGGGAAGGCGAAGUCGGCUAGUAAGGCGAAGUCGAUCGAAAAGUCGGUGGAGGAGGGGCCAUCCCGCCCAACAAAGAGACGUAGGGUGGAGGUGCUUGUUCCCGAACGGUCGGUCGGGGACAGCAUCGCGCAAAACAAAGCCGCUCGGACCAGGAAGCCGGUGAAGCGCCUGCUGGUGACCACCCAGGCUGUCCCUUCCUCUUCUCAUCCUCCUCGCUCCCGUCCGUCCGUCAUUCCCUCCCUUUCCAACUCUUCCCGUCUGUUGCCGACCGUUGCGCAAGGCAUCGCUUCUGAGAUUCGGUACCGGAUUGCCGUUGCCGAGGGUUCGCGUGCCUUUCUGGCGCGUUCGAUCGCGAUGUGGCAGGCCGAGCUAGAGUCCCUCGAAGCGCGUUCGGGUCCUGCGACUUCGGACAUGGUGAUGGUCGAGGAUUCGUCGCAGUCGGAAGGUUCGGCGAUGUCCGAGUCGGGGGAUUUUGUACCCAGCGAAUGA